AUGGCACAGGCACUGCUGGUACCCCCAGGACCUGAAAGCUUCCGCCUUUUCACUAGAGAAUCUCUUGCUGCUAUCGAAAAACGUGCCGCAGAAGAGAAAGCCAAGAAGCCCAAGAAAGAACAAGACAAUGAUGAUGAGAACAAACCAAAGCCAAACAGUGACUUGGAAGCUGGAAAGAACCUUCCAUUUAUUUACGGAGACAUUCCUCCAGAGAUGGUGUCAGAGCCCCUGGAGGACCUGGACCCCUACUAUAUCAAUAAGAAAACUUUUAUAGUAUUGAAUAAAGGGAAGGCAAUUUUCCGAUUCAGUGCCACCUCUGCCUUGUAUAUUUUAACUCCAUUAAACCCUGUAAGGAAAAUCGCUAUUAAGAUUUUAGUACACUCCUUAUUCAGCAUGCUUAUCAUGUGCACUAUUUUGACCAACUGUGUAUUCAUGACUUUGAGUAACCCUCCUGAUUGGACAAAGAAUGUAGAGUACACAUUCACUGGGAUCUAUACCUUUGAGUCAUUUAUAAAAAUCUUGGCAAGAGGGUUUUGUUUAGAAGGUUUUACAUUCCUUCGUGAUCCAUGGAACUGGCUGGAUUUCAGUGUCAUUGUGAUGGCGUAUGUAACAGAAUUUGUAAGCCUAGGCAAUGUUUCAGCUCUUCGAACUUUCAGAGUCUUGCGAGCUCUGAAAACUAUUUCUGUAAUUCCAGGUCUGAAGACCAUCGUGGGGGCCCUGAUCCAGUCAGUGAAGAAGCUCUCAGAUGUCAUGAUUCUGACUGUGUUCUGUCUGAGCGUGUUUGCUCUAAUUGGACUGCAGCUGUUCAUGGGCAACCUGAGGAAUAAAUGUUUGCAAUGGCCCCCAAAUGAUUCUGCCUUUGAAACCAACACCACUUCCUACUUCAAUGGCACAAUGGAUUCAAAUGGGACAUUUGUUAAUGUAACAAUGAGCACAUUUAAUUGGAAAGAUUACAUUGGAGAUGACAGUCACUUUUAUGUUUUGGAUGGACAAAAAGAUCCUUUACUCUGUGGGAAUGGCUCAGAUGCAGGUCAGUGUCCAGAAGGAUACAUCUGCGUGAAGGCUGGCCGGAACCCCAACUAUGGCUACACAAGCUUUGACACCUUCAGUUGGGCCUUUCUGUCCUUAUUCCGUCUGAUGACUCAAGACUACUGGGAGAACCUUUAUCAGUUGACAUUACGUGCUGCUGGAAAAACAUACAUGAUAUUUUUUGUCCUGGUGAUUUUCUUGGGCUCUUUUUACUUGGUAAAUUUGAUCCUGGCUGUGGUGGCCAUGGCCUACGAGGAACAGAAUCAGGCCACACUGGAAGAGGCAGAACAGAAGGAGGCAGAAUUUCAGCAGAUGCUUGAACAGCUUAAAAAACAACAGGAAGAAGCUCAGGCAGUUGCAGCCGCAUCCGCAGCUUCAAGAGAUUUCAGUGGGAUAGGUGGCUUGGGAGAGCUCUUGGAAAGUUCUUCAGAAGCAUCAAAGUUAAGCUCCAAAAGUGCCAAGGAGUGGAGGAAUCGGAGAAAGAAAAGAAGACAGAGGGAGCAUCUCCAAGGAAACCGAGAAGGAGACACGUUUCCCAAAUCUGAAUCGGAAGACAGUGUCAAAAGAAGAAGCUUUCUUUUCUCCAUGGAUGGAAACCGGUUGACUGGUGACAAGAAGUUCUGCUCCCCUCAUCAGUCUCUGCUGAGUAUCCGUGGAUCCCUGUUUUCCCCAAGACGCAAUAGCAAAACUAGCAUUUUCAGCUUCAGAGGUCGGACAAAGGAUGUUGGAUCUGAAAAUGACUUUGCUGAUGAUGAGCACAGCACAUUUGAAGACAGCGAGAGCAGGAGAGACUCACUGUUUGUGCCUCACAGACAUGGAGAGCGACGCAACAGUAACGUUAGUCAGGCCAGUAUGUCAUCCAGGAUGGUGCCAGGGCUUCCAGCAAAUGGGAAGAUGCACAGCACUGUGGAUUGCAAUGGUGUGGUUUCCUUGGUGGGUGGACCAUCAGCUCUAACGUCACCUACUGGACAACUUCAGCCAGAGGUGAUAAUAGAUAAACUAGCUGCUACUGACACUGGUACCACCACUGAAACGGAAGUCAGAAAGAGAAGGCUAAGUUCUUACCAGAUUUCAAUGGAAAUGCUGGAGGAUUCCUCUGGAAGGCAAAGAGCCAUGAGUAUAGCCAGCAUCCUGACCAACACAAUGGAGGAACUUGAAGAGUCUAGACAGAAAUGUCCACCUUGCUGGUAUAGAUUUGCCAAUGUGUUCUUGAUCUGGGAUUGCUGCGAUGCCUGGUUAAAAGUAAAGCAUCUUGUGAAUUUAAUUGUCAUGGAUCCAUUUGUUGAUCUUGCCAUCACUAUUUGCAUUGUCUUAAAUACCCUUUUUAUGGCCAUGGAACACUACCCCAUGACUGACCAAUUCAGUAGCGUGUUAACUGUAGGAAACCUGGUCUUCACUGGGAUCUUCACAGCAGAAAUGGUUCUCAAGAUCAUUGCCAUGGAUCCCUACUAUUAUUUCCAAGAAGGCUGGAAUAUCUUUGAUGGAAUUAUUGUCAGCCUGAGUUUAAUGGAGCUGGGUCUGGCAAAUGUGGAGGGAUUGUCUGUACUGCGAUCCUUCAGACUGCUUCGAGUUUUCAAGUUGGCAAAAUCCUGGCCCACACUGAAUAUGCUAAUAAAGAUCAUUGGCAAUUCCGUGGGGGCUCUGGGAAACCUCACCUUGGUGUUGGCCAUCAUUGUCUUCAUUUUUGCCGUGGUUGGCAUGCAGCUCUUUGGAAAGAGCUACAAAGAAUGUGUCUGCAAGAUCAAUGAAGACUGCACGCUCCCACGAUGGCACAUGAACGACUUCUUCCACUCCUUUCUGAUUGUAUUCCGAGUGCUGUGUGGAGAGUGGAUAGAGACCAUGUGGGACUGUAUGGAGGUUGCUGGUCAAACCAUGUGCCUUAUUGUUUUCAUGUUGGUCAUGGUCAUUGGGAACCUUGUGGUUCUGAACCUCUUUCUGGCCUUAUUGUUGAGUUCUUUCAGCUCAGACAACCUUGCUGCUACUGAUGAUGAUAAUGAAAUGAACAAUCUCCAAAUUGCAGUAGGAAGAAUGCAAAAGGGAAUCGAUUAUGUGAAAAAUAAGAUACGGGAAUGUUUCCGAAAAGCUUUCUUUAGAAAGCCAAAAGUCAUAGAAAUCCAUGAAGGCAACAAAAUAGACAGCUGCAUGUCCAAUAACACUGGAAUUGAAAUAAGCAAAGAGAUUAAUUAUCUUAAAGAUGGAAAUGGAACCACCAGUGGUGUAGGUACUGGAAGCAGUGUUGAAAAAUACGUAAUUGAUGAAAAUGAUUAUAUGUCGUUCAUAAACAACCCCAGCCUCACUGUAACAGUGCCAAUUGCUGUUGGAGAGUCUGACUUUGAAAACUUAAAUACUGAAGAGUUCAGCAGCGAGUCAGAACUAGAAGAAAGCAAAGAGAAAUUAAAUGCAACCAGCUCAUCUGAAGGAAGCACAGUUGAUGUUGCUCCUCCCCGUGAAGGUGAACAGGCUGAAAUUGAACCUGAGGAAGACCUUAAACCAGAAGCUUGUUUUACUGAAGGGUGUAUUAAAAAGUUUCCCUUUUGUCAAGUAAGCACAGAAGAAGGCAAAGGAAAAAUCUGGUGGAAUCUUCGGAAAACCUGCUAUAGCAUUGUUGAGCACAACUGGUUUGAGACUUUCAUUGUCUUCAUGAUACUUCUCAGUAGCGGUGCUUUGGCUUUUGAAGAUAUAUAUAUUGAACAGCGAAAGACUAUCAAAACCAUGCUAGAAUAUGCUGACAAGGUCUUUACUUAUAUAUUCAUUCUGGAAAUGCUUCUCAAAUGGGUAGCUUAUGGAUUUCAAACGUAUUUCACUAAUGCCUGGUGCUGGCUGGAUUUCUUGAUUGUUGAUGUUUCUUUGGUCAGUUUGGUAGCCACUGCUCUUGGCUACUCAGAACUUGGUGCCAUCAAAUCCCUCCGGACACUCAGAGCUUUAAGACCUCUAAGAGCUUUAUCUCGAUUUGAAGGAAUGAGGGUGGUGGUGAAUGCUCUGGUGGGAGCCAUUCCCUCAAUCAUGAAUGUGCUGCUGGUCUGUCUCAUCUUCUGGCUGAUCUUUAGCAUCAUGGGUGUGAAUCUGUUUGCUGGCAAGUUCUACCACUGUGUUAACAUGACAACAGGCAACAUGUUUGAAGUUAGUGAAGUCAACAAUUUGAGUGAUUGUCAAGCUCUUGGCAAGCAAGCUAGGUGGAAAAACGUGAAAGUAAACUUUGACAAUGUUGGCGCUGGCUAUCUUGCCUUGCUUCAGGUGGCCACGUUUAAAGGCUGGAUGGACAUUAUGUAUGCAGCUGUUGAUUCACGAGAUGUUAAACUUCAACCUGUAUAUGAAGAAAAUCUUUAUAUGUAUUUAUACUUUGUCAUAUUCAUCAUCUUUGGAUCUUUCUUCACUCUGAAUCUAUUCAUUGGUGUCAUCAUAGAUAACUUCAACCAGCAGAAAAAGAAGUUUGGAGGUCAAGAUAUCUUUAUGACAGAGGAACAGAAAAAAUAUUACAAUGCAAUGAAGAAACUUGGAUCCAAGAAACCUCAGAAACCCAUUCCUCGGCCUUCAAACAAAUUCCAGGGAAUGGUGUUUGAUUUUGUAACCAGACAGGUCUUUGAUAUCAGCAUCAUGAUCCUCAUCUGCCUCAACAUGGUCACCAUGAUGGUAGAAACUGAUGACCAGAGCAAAUACAUGACUCUAGUUCUGUCCCGAAUCAACCUCGUGUUCAUUGUCCUGUUCACUGGGGAGUUUGUGCUGAAGCUCAUCUCCCUCAGAUACUACUACUUCACCAUAGGCUGGAACAUCUUUGAUUUUGUAGUAGUGAUUCUCUCCAUUGUCGGAAUGUUUCUUGCUGAGCUGAUAGAAAAAUAUUUUGUGUCCCCAACCUUGUUCCGAGUGAUCCGUCUUGCCAGGAUUGGCCGAAUCCUACGCCUGAUCAAAGGGGCUAAGGGAAUCCGCACACUGCUCUUUGCUUUGAUGAUGUCCCUUCCUGCCUUGUUUAACAUCGGCCUCCUGCUCUUCCUGGUCAUGUUCAUCUAUGCCAUCUUUGGAAUGUCUAACUUUGCCUAUGUUAAGAAGGAAGCUGGAAUCGAUGACAUGUUCAACUUUGAGACCUUUGGCAACAGCAUGAUCUGCCUGUUCCAAAUCACCACCUCUGCUGGCUGGGAUGGAUUGCUGGCACCUAUUCUCAAUAGUGCCCCACCUGACUGUGACCCUGACGCAAUUCACCCUGGAAGCUCAGUUAAGGGAGACUGUGGGAACCCCUCUGUUGGGAUUUUCUUUUUUGUCAGUUACAUCAUCAUAUCCUUUCUGGUUGUGGUGAACAUGUACAUCGCUGUCAUCCUGGAGAACUUCAGUGUUGCUACUGAAGAAAGUGCAGAGCCCCUGAGUGAAGAUGACUUUGAGAUGUUCUAUGAGGUUUGGGAGAAGUUUGAUCCUGAUGCAACCCAGUUCAUAGAGUUCGCCAAGCUCUCUGAUUUUGCAGMUGCYYURGAUCCUCCUCUUCUCAUAGCAAAACCAAACAAAGUCCAGCUCAUUGCUAUGGACCUGCCGAUGGUCAGUGGAGACCGGAUCCAUUGCCUCGACAUUUUAUUUGCUUUUACAAAGCGUGUUUUGGGUGAGAGUGGAGAGAUGGAUGCCCUUCGAAUACAGAUGGAAGAUAGGUUCAUGGCAUCGAACCCCUCCAAAGUCUCUUACGAGCCUAUCACUACCACUUUGAAGCGCAAGCAAGAGGAGGUGUCGGCUGCUAUCAUUCAGCGUAAUUUCAGAUGCUAUCUUUUAAAGCAAAGGUUAAAAAACAUAUCAAGUACAUAUAACAAAGAAACAAUCAAAGGGAGGAUUGACUUACCUAUAAAAGAAGGCAUGAUUAUUGACAAAUUAAAUGGGAAUUCCACCCCAGAGAAAACAGAUGGAAGUUCCUCUACCACUUCCCCUCCUUCCUAUGAUAGCGUUACAAAACCAGACAAAGAAAAGUUUGAGAAAGACAAGCCAGAAAAAGAAAGCAAAGGGAAAGAGGUCAGAGAAAAUCAAAAGUAAAAAAGAAACAAAGCAUUAUCUUUGUAAUCAAUUGUUUACAGCCUAUGAAGGUAUAGUGUGUGUGUCAACUGGACUCCAGAGGAGGUCCUUGCCAAACUGACUGUUGUAACAAAUACUCAUGGUCAGUGCCUAUACACGACAGUGACCUCUCUGUCACUGCAACUCUGUGA